AUGUCCUACGCUCCAGACGGCCGCCUUCUCUCACCAGGCGAGGUCUACGAAGCAGCGCCUGCGCCCGUCAAAGACGACGAGUGGCAGGAAGACUUGAACGUCGCCCUAAUCUGCCCUGACUGCAAAGAGAAUCCCCCGAACCUGGUCGAGGAGUUCAGCGCUGACCAAGGUAACGAUGACCCUUCACGUAUUGGAGAUGCCGCAAACCCUCUCCUUCACGGUUCUCAGCUGCAGACGGAAAUCGGCUUUGGCGAUGGCGGCAUGCGUGUGCGCGAUCUCUCGAGGGCACACAACAAGUCCAACCACGACAAGGUCAACAAGGCGCUCCAGGCAGCCUAUGGUCAGAUCACUGCGCUAUGUGACUCGCAAAACAUCAGCAGGCCAACAGCAGAGACGGCCAAGAUGCUGUUCAAGAUGACCGACGACGCCAAGUUGUUCAAGGGAAAGUCGCAGGACGCCAUCAUCGCUGGUUGCAUCUUCAUAGCAUGUCGCAAACACGACCAGCAACGAAGUUUCCGCGAGAUCUUCAAGAUGACCAAUGUUUCCAAAAAGGAGGUUGGCCGCACCUUCAAGGUCCUUGAGGCCUUUAUUCAAAAGUCACAAAACAACGGCGGACCUUCCAUUGCAGGCAAUGGUGCCGUCAUCGACACCGUCAAUUUGCUCAAUCAAAAGGGCGGCACCACAGCUACGAGCGCAUCAAGUCUCAUGCCUCGUGCCUGCGCCAAGCUUGCUCUGGGUACUCAGGUCCAGAUGGUUGCUGAAGAGUGUGCCGACCAGGUCGCCCAUUACGGCGUUGCAGCUGGACGUUCGCCUCUCUCCAUUGCCGGCGCAUGUCUCUACCUCGUUUCCCACCUCAUGGGUCAACCCAAGUCGCCCAAGGAAAUUGGUCUGGCGGUUGAAGUUAGUGACGGAACCAUUCGUACUGCAUACAAACUCAUGCACAUGGAGCAGGACAAGAUUAUCAAGCCCGAAUGGAUCGCCAAGGGUGGUGACCGCUCCAGGAUCCCUGCGGCUUAG